CAUUUCAUAACAAAAAUGAAUAUAUCAUUUUUGCUUCUUUUUUUAUCAAUUGCUGCAGUAUCAAAUGGAGAUUUCCCGGAAAAUGCAUUGAAUUAUCUCAGUGACUUUGGUUAUUACAAACGAAACAACAAAGAUCUAGGUUCAAUGUCAGGCAAAAAAGAAGUUCAAAAUUCGGUCGAAAGUUUUCAAAGAUUUCUAGGAUUACCUGUCACAGAAGUUAUAGAUAAAACAACACAGGAAGUAAUGAAAAAACCUCGAUGUGGAUAUAAUAAUGAUGGAUUAUCACGCAAAGAGGUUGAUACUAUACUCGAAAAUGCUUUUGCAAAGUGGGAGGCUGUUGCAAAUUUAAAGUUUUACAAACUCGGUUUUACAAGUAAAGCACAAGCAGAUAUAGAUGUUAAAUUUGUACACGGUAAUCAUGGUGAUGGUAUUCCGUUUCAGCCUUGGCAUUAUAUUUAUGCACAUGCGUUUUUCCCUUUAAACAAUGAAGGGAAUUCUGGUGACGUUCAUUUCAACGACGUAUAUAACUUUAAUGUUAAAGAAAGAAAUGGUGUUAACUUAUAUUGGGUUGCUAUUCACAAGAUCGGACACAGUUUAGGGUUAUAUCAUUCAAGUGUCCAAAAUUCUCUUAUGUACCCUUAUUAUAAAGGUACAAAGGACCUUAACAUCCAGCUUCAUGAAGACGAUAUCCUAGGAAUACAGAAUUUAUAUGGAUCGAAACCUAUAUUAACAUCAAAAAAGACACCAAACACAAACAAUACGCAAGUCACACAAAAUAAAACACAUAUGACAACUUCAAAGAAGCAUAUCAAUAUUCAAGCUUUCAUCUAUGACCAGUUAACUGGGAUGACUUAUGUAUUCAACGAAGAUAAGUAUUACAAGCUAAGCAAAAAUUUAAACGAAACGCAUGGACCUUUUGAUGUUUCUAAAUUAUUAACAAAGAUAACUUUCGUUAAUGGAGGGUUCAUGAAUCGUGAAAAAAAAUUAGUCUUUUUUCAGGGAACGAAAUAUUAUAUGUUUGAAAGUUUUACAAAUACAAAAUUUAUUGAGAGUGGUUCCAUAUUUGACUUAUUUAAAGGGAUUAAAAAUAAUGUUGAAAAAAAUUGACGGAGCAUUUGUUGCAGAUAAUGGAACUACUUAUCUCUUUACUGGUAAUGAAUACUAUGAAUAUAGUUCCAAACAAAAAACAAUUGAAUCAUCACCCAA